AGCGUCUGCGCGGGAAGCCAUCCACCUUCGCUCGGUUCGCGAACCUACCGUGGUAUGCUGGCAGCCUCGCACGCGGCGGUGAACCUUAUCGGAUCCCUGUCCCAUGCAGCGCGUAUCCCCCGCUCACUCCCCUCAUCAAGCCGCCAUCGUCAAUCGUUGUUUAGCCGUAGCCUCAUCGUACUACCGAGAUGUCGUCGCAAACCGGCUCCCACGCCGCCGAUAUCGAGCAAGCAGCGAACCCUGCGACUGAUGCGCCAGCGCCGUUCAACAAACCUACCGCCGACCUCAUCCUGCGCUCGUCGGAUGGCGUUCGCUUCCGCGUGCGAAAGGCCAUUCUCGCCGAGGCAUCUCCUAUAUUCGAGGACAUGUUCACUCUCCCCGCGCCACGGAACUCGGACAACUUGGCCAUUGGCCCACCCGUGGUUGACAUGACGGAGGACAGUCGCACCGUCCAUGGCUUACUACGCCUGUGCUAUCCUAUCAGCGAGACGCCCAUCCGCACGCUGGAUGAGGCAUCGAUCUUGCUGGAUGCUGUAAGGAAGUACUCCAUGGACGGUGCUCUAAACUACCUCGGUCAAAGGCUCAUUGUCUUCGCCGAUGCGGAGCCUCUCCGGGUGUAUGCUCUGGCCAUUCGCUAUGAGCUGCAGGAAGAGAUACUUAAAGCGUCUGCCAAAGGGUUCUUAACCUACAUAUAGCCAACAGCGGAUUCAAGUCGUUGGAAGAUCUGAACUACAUCCCGGCUUCUACCUACCUGCGCCUUCUCGAUUACCGCGAC